AUGCAGAAAUGCUUCACGAGAACUGGCUCUAAAUUUUGCCUCCUCUGUCAAACUCAUGCUUUUCCAAGUAUUCACUUGGCAAAUAUCGAUUCACUUCGUGAAGAAGAUAUUGAACUUCUGUUUGAAGGAAACAUAAUUGUACUUACAAGCCUUCGUCGUCCAAAACUCAUUAGACUUCUGGGAAGUGAUGGCCGUUGGCGUGGAUGGUUGAUCAAAGGUGGUGAAGAUCUUCGACAAGACUCGAAUGUUCAACGUCUUCUCGGUUUUGCGAAUCAUGCAAUCUCUUCUGGUUUAGUCGGAACAGAGUCGAAUACCUCUGUCGCUCCCUUACGAACAUACGUUGUAGUUCCUGUUAGUUCUCAACGAGGGAUCAUUCAAUGGUUAGAUGGAACAACUACUCUAAUUUCUUUUUGUAAGAAUGCGAUGACCACAAAGGAAUUGGAAAGAUUUACUGAACUCAAGUCUCUAGAUGCCGAAAUCUCUCGUCAUCAAGGUGAUCCACUUUGGAGAAGAGAUAUGGAAUCAAUUGCAGCCUUAGUUGUCUCUCGUUUUACUGAGCUAGAAAGCUUUGUUUUUUCUCUUCGACUCAUUAGACGUGGGUUGUUUAAAUCAAUUGCCACUUCGGCGGAACAUUUUACCAAUCUGAGAUAUCGAUUAAUCAAUAGUUAUGCAUCACUGUCAGCUCUUUGUUUUAUCUUGGGUAAGUUGAUUUCGGAUUCUGCGCUGAAAUAA